AUGCAGUCCCUAGAACUGACCUUGGUCGUGGCCGCGACGCGCAGCAUGGGCAUCGGCGCCGGCGGCACCAUGCCGUGGAACGGCCUGCGCAACGAGAUGAAGUACUUUGCGCGCGUCACGACGCAGCUUGCGUCCCCCUGCCCCUCGGGCGCGGUCAAUGCCGUCAUCAUGGGCCGCAAAACCUGGGACUCGAUCCCGCCCAAGUUCCGCCCGCUCAAGGGCCGGCUCAACAUCAUCAUCAGCCGCGCCGCCGCCACGACGCCGCCGCCGCCGCCGGGCGUGCAGGGGCCGGUGGUGCGCGUGGCCUCGGUCGAGGCCGCGCUGCAGUAUGCGGGCGCGCACUGCGGCGGCGGCCGCAUCUUCGUCAUCGGCGGCGGCCAGGUGUACAAGGCCGUCCUGCGCCGGCCAGAGGUCCGCCGCGUGCUGCUCACCCGCAUCGAGACCGAGUACGACUGCGAUACGUUUUUUCCAAUUAAGCUCGGCGCCGACGACGGCACAGAGCCGGGGUGGACGAGGCGCUCGGACGAGCAGUGGAGGGCCUGGACCGGCGAGCCGGACACGGAGAAGGGGCGCAGAGAAGAAGCGGGCGUCAAGUACGAGUUUCAAAUGUGGGAGAGAGAGUAG